UUUUUUUAUUUCCAAAAAUGCGAGGUUAACUGUACAUUUUUUAAAAAAGCUUUUUUUUUUCUUAUAAAACAUUUACUUGCAAUCGCAUAGCUGCCAACCCUUCCGCAUUUUGCAGAAGCAUUCCAUAUUUUUACUUAUUUUAGCUAUUUUUUCCGCUUUUAUGCGCAGAAGAUAAGAUCUUCCGCAUUUUUCCCGUUUCCCCAAUAGCUCAUAUUUUUCUUUAAGUCCAACAUCGCUGCUCCUCUUGUAGCAGCCUAAAGAAGGACUUCCUGUUUGCCGGCGCGAAAGUAAACACUGAAAGAAAAUGGCUUGUGUAAAAGCGAAGGAACAAUUGGUUUAUGACGAUAUUUAUAUAAUCAUUCAAAUAUCCCUUUAAUUUAUUAUGGCUGAACGAAAACAAUAUAAACAAGCCUUUAAGGAGGCUUAUUCUCUUGAAUUCCCAUUUAUUUCUCGAUCAAAUUUUGGAGUACAUGAUGUACAUUGCAACAUAUGUAAAAAUGACUUUAGCAUCGCUCAUUGUGGUAAAACUGAUAUAGUCAGGCACGUGAAAUCGACAAAACACCAGAAGAACAAAGAACUUUUUGGUUCAACAAAGAAGAUAGUUUCUUUUUUUCAAGCAAGCAUUAAUGAAGAAGCUGUUAUAAAACAGACGAAUGCCUCUUCACAGCAUUUUUAGCAGAGCAUAAUUUACCAAUCAGUGCAGCCGAUCAUGCUGGAAAACUUUUCAAAAAGAUGUUUCCCGAUUCUGAUAUAGCAAAGAAUUAUAAUUGUGGAAGAACUAAGAGCUCUGCUAUAGCAAAUGAGAUGGCCAAUGAACUGCAGAAAUCAAUUAUGGAUCAAUUGAAAAACGCUGCCUUUUCAAUUGCAAUUGACGGGACAAAUGACUCUGACUCAAAACUCCAUCCAUUAGUGGUAACAUUUUUUGAUGAAUUAAUUCAAAAAAUUCAAAGUUGUGUUUUAGCAUUUACUAUUAUUAGAGAUGGCUGUACUGGGGUUAAUAUUGCGAAUGGUGUAUUGGACAAGUUGAGAACUCUAGGCAUUCCCUUUCAGAAAUGUGUUUCCUUUGGUGCUGGUAAUGCACCUGUAAUGAUGGAUGUCAGAAAUAAUGCACAAAAGUUUUUGAAAGAUGUGCAAAAUGAAUUGAUUAUUAUUGGAUGCCCUUGUCAUCUUCUUAAUUUAGCUUUCCAGAAAUCUAUUUCUGCAAUGAAUUUUCCCCUUGACCAGGUAGUAAUUGAUAUUUUUUUGCUAUCUGGAAUUUAGUUCUAAGAUAAAAGAAAAAUUAAAAUACUUUCAACAACUGCCAGAGUCCAAAAAAAAAAGAAAA